AUGUGGCCUAUUGGUUUGUGCAUAGUGACAUUAGUUAUCAUAUGGGUCACAAAUUGGAUUCAUAGAUGGAGGAACCCCAGAUGCAAUGGUACACUUCCUCCUGGCACCCUGGGCUUUCCACUCAUUGGAGAAACCAUUCAAUUUUUCAUUCCCGGCCACUCCUUGGAUCUUCUACCAUUCUUCAAGAAAAGAGUUCAGAGAUAUGGUCGUCUGUUCCGGACAAGCCUAGUGGGUCGACCGGUUGCGGUAGCAGCUGACCCUGAAGUGAACCAUUUCAUCCUUCAAGAAGAGGGGAAGUCGGUGGAAAUGUUUUACUUGGAUUCUAUUGUUAAGCUUUUUGGGAAAGAUGGGGCAUCCACCCAUGCAACCGGUCACGUUCACAAGUAUCUCAGGACACUGGUUAUGAAUAACUUUGGCUUCGAGAGCCUCAGAGAUAAGCUACUUCCUAAAGUGGAAGCAGUGGCUCGUAAAAGCUUAGACACUUGGUCGAGCCAACCAUCUGUGGAACUGAAUUAUGCUAUUUCACAGGUAAUGUUUGAAUUCAUAUCGAUGGAGCUGUUCAGUUAUGAUCCAAGCGCAUCCACAGAAAGUAUGAGCGAUGCAUUCAUCAACUUUCUGAAGGGUCUAGUGUCUAUCCCCUUGAACAUUCCUGGUACAACUUUUCAUAAAUGUUUGAAGAACCAGAAGAAGGUAAUGAAGAUGCUGAGGGAGAUAGUGGAGGAGAGGUGUGCUUCUCCUGAGAGACGCCAUGGUGAUGUUCUUGAUUAUUUCCUGGAAGAAAUGAAAAGCAAAACAUUCAUAACAAAAGAUUUUAUUGUCUACAUAAUGUUUGGGCUUCUCUUUGCCACCUUCGAGUCGAUCCCCACUAUGUUCACUCUAGUCUUUAAAUUAAUAAUGGAGCACCCACUGGUGUGGCAAGAAUUGAAGGAUGAGCAUGAGGCUAUUCUUAGAAAUAGUCAGACUUCAAAUUCCACAAUCACAUGGGAAGAUUACAAGUCCAUGACUUUCACAUUUGAUGUUAUCAAUGAAGCACUUAGAAUGGGAAAUAUUAGUCUUGGGAGUUUUAGAAGAGCCGUGGAAGAUGUAAGGAUAAAUGGAUAUACAAUUCCAGCAGGGUGGAUAAUUUUAGUUGUCCCUUCAGCACUUCACAUGGACCCUGAAACAUACCCCGAUCCUCUUGUUUUCAACCCAUGGCGAUGGAAGGAGGAUGGGGGAUCAAAGAUCAGAGUUAAGAAUUUCACACCUUUUGGAAGGGGUAUACGCUCUUGUCCAGGGGCAGAACUCAGCAAGCUUGUGGCAGCCACAUUCAUCCAUGCGGCAGUCACCAAAUACAGGUUUACAAAAAUUAAGGGAGGACGUGUAGUUCGAAAUCCAAUGUUGAAAUUUAAGGAUGGGUUUUACGUCAAGGUUUCGGAGAUGGUCACUGAAGGUGGUGGCUCAGCUGCUGAAGAUGCUUGAAAAAGUUUAGGUUGAAUGUGCUAUAGGCGAAGCUACUGUAGUUUUGCCCUUGUAUGAACCUACCAUAUAUAUGGUAUGAAAU